AUGGUUGAGCAGAACCUACACGUCCUCAUCGUCGGCGCCGGCUUUGGUGGCCUGACGGCAGCCAUUGAAUGCCGUCGACGCGGCAUGCAAGUCACCGUCAUCGAAACCUACCCUACAAGUCUUGCCUACGGCGAUAUCAUCGAUUUCUUCCCCAACGGUGGACGCAUCAUCGAGGCCUGGGAGGCCGGCCGCGUUGGCCGUGACCUCAUGAAGGUCUGCAUCAACCAGGGAGACAAGCUGCAGUACUGCAAAGCUGAUGGAACCAUGAUUUGGGAGGAGGAUUGGAUUCUGGAGCCGCACCAUUUCUGGAGGCAGUAUGGCGGCCACCGGGGUCAGAUGCACAAGGUCAUGCUCGACUAUGCAGUAGAGCUCGGCGUGGCCUUUGAGUACGGCGACCGCGUGGUGCAGUACGUCGACGGGGAAAAGCCCGGAGUUGUGACGGCCAGUGGAAGGCAAUUCACUGCGGAUGUUGUGGUGGCUGCUGAUGGCCCCCGAUCCAUUUCUCGCCAGCAGGUUCUUGGCCUUCCCGAUACAAAGGUCAAGAGCGGAUACGCCAUCUUCCGCGCACACUUUAAUUUGACGCAAGAACAUCGGAAGAAUCCAGCCCUGGAGGUGUUUUGCGACCCUACCACGGACACGACGAAACUGUGGGUGGGAAAAGACCUACACAUGGUCGUAUAUACCUGGAAUCAUGGCAAGGACAUUGGCUGGGUCCUGACGCACAAGGACACGGAAGACAUUGGUGAAUCUUGGUCAUUCCCGGGUAGGAGAGAGGAUGUGCUGGCAUGCCUAACCGAGGGCGGGUUCGAGCAGAGACUUUUUGAAGUCGUAAAAGCGACGCCGGAGACCAACAUCGUUGACUACAAGCUGGUAUGGCGCGAUCCGUUAAAUACGUGGCUGAGCCCAUCGGCGCGCAUCGUGGUCAUUGGCGAUGCGGCGCACUGCCACCUGCCCACUUCUGCACAGGGAGGCUCCCAGGCGAUGGAGGACGGCGUCGCGCUCGCCGUGUGCCUGCAGCGAGCCGAGGGCGACGUACCUCUUGCCCUGCGCGUGAUGGAGAGGAUUCGCUUCAACCGCUCGCACGUCACGCACAUGGCCUCCAUCACGGUCCGGGAUGGGUACCACAGUUUUGACUUUGACGGCGACGAGAUCUUGGAGAACCCCCAGGCUCUCAAUCUGCCACGACCGGAGUGGGUGAUUGAGUACGACAUCGAAAGAGCAUCCGAGGAGCACUUUGCCGACUUGGCUGCCGAUGUCAAGUCUGGUAAGCCAGGGAGUAUCCAGGAACUAGCCCUCCCUGCGGGAGGCGACUACAACCUAGAGAGCAGAAAGGUUGGCCCUGCCAAGAUAGCCAUCAGGUAA